AUGAACAUCUUGUCCAAGCUCAUUCUUUGUGCUCUUCUGAGCGCCCCACUUGCGGCCAUUGCUGGACGCGACAAUGGUGGCGCGCAUGACCACGGCGGUGACCUUCCUGGCGGCUGGGGCGAAGAGGAGGAUAAAUACAAUCGUGUGACCGUCAUCCAUCAUCCGGCCGCUCUCAACGACGACGCGCAAAAAGUCGCCUUUGGGAACGCUUGCGGGCAUGUUGGAGGCGCGGAUGCUCAGUGGGACUACGUUUUGAAUUCUGCUGGCGGACACGAUGGCUGGUGCCAUAUUCCUGGUGAAGAUGGCGGCGGCGGAGCGGACUACGGAUUCGACGUUGGAGCUGCUCUGGGCAAUGAGAGUCCCGAAUGGAAGUUGGGCUAUUACUGGUACUCGUGGCCCCCUACCACUGCAGCGACCGCAGCCGUGGUCAAACGUUCUCCUGAUAGCGGUUCUAGCGUAUGGGGAGGGGGACCGCAAAGGGAACAGUACCUCCGCAUACACCCUAAACAGUGGCCCUCGUGGAUGACUGUUGAAGACCAAAAGGCCGCCUGGGGAAAGGAAUGCAAAGGUCUGUCAGGUGGACAUGCGAACUGGGAUCUUGAAAAGGCUCAUGGUGGAAAGGCUGCUUGGUGCCACAUUCCCGGAGGAAAGGACUUUGGGGGUUACAUGAUGGAGAAUCUGCCGGCGCAGGACCCCGCUUGGGCCUUCGACUGGCGCUGGGAAUCUUGGCCUCCUGCCUAA